UGAUCUCUCCGUCACAUUCUGCGUCUCAACUCUCAACACCUUCUUCUUCCCCACGAGAGCAACUUCCGAGUUCCGGCCAUGGCUUUCUUUUUCAGCCCUUGAAAAGACCCACCCUUCGAUUCAGUCGCUUUCCCAAGUGUAGAUCUAUCUCUGAAAGCCUCAUCUUCAAUCAAUUUCGUCAGGUGUUUGAAUUUCUCUGAAGACAUUUCUGUGCGCUUUCGGCUUCGCUCAUAACUUCCGAUUUCGAAGCGUUUCGUCGCCAUUUAAAAGCUCCGAAAAGUGCUUACUCUCAAGGAAGAGCUUCCAACAAGUAUCCCUCUUUAUGCUCUGCCCUCCGAAUAUGGCCGGUGUGCUCUGAUUCGAACCCGAGGGAAAACCGUUCGAGCUCUGUUAUCUGCUUUUCAUUAGCGAGAUGCCUCAUGGCUGAUGGAACUUUACUUUCGCUGGAUUCUUCAGACAUUUUGGCAGCAGAACAGAUAUUGGUGAUCGGGAAAGAGUUUCCAGAUGUGGAAACGUGCAGAAGAACUCUGAAAGAUCUGGCAAUAGCCCUACACUUUGAUCUCCGUAUCGUGAAAUCAGACAGAAGUCGGUUCAUAGCCAAAUGUUCCAAGGAAGGUUGCCCAUGGCGGAUCCAUGUCGCGAAAUGUCCCGGGGUUUCGACCUUUUCGAUCAGGACCCUUAAUGGCGAGCAUACUUGUGAAGGGGUCCGUGAUCUUCAUCAUCAGCAGGCAUCAGUCGGUUGGGUUGCAAGAUCAGUGGAAGCACGUAUUAAGGAUAACCCUCAGUACAAACCGAAGGAAAUCUUACAGGACAUUCGCGAUCAGCACGGUGUUGCAGUUUCUUACAUGCAGGCAUGGCGCGGGAAAGAGCGUUCCAUGGCUGCUCUUCAUGGGACAUACGAGGAAGGAUAUCGUCUUCUUCCUACAUACUGUGAGCAGAUUAAACAAGUGAAUCCAGGAAGCUUUGCUUCUGUUUUUGCUUCUGGACCCGAGAAUUGUUUCCAGCGUCUGUUUAUUGCAUAUCGGGCGUGUAUCUCUGGAUUCAUCAGCAGUUGUAGGCCUCUUCUCGAAAUCGAUAAAGCGCAUCUGAAAGGGAAGUACUUGGGUACGAUUCUCUGUGCUGCUAGUGUUGAUGCAGAUGACAGUUUAUUUCCUCUAGCGAUCGCCAUUGUUGAUAUUGAGAGUGAUGAAAACUGGAUAUGGUUCAUCUCGGAAUUGAGGAAACUUCUUGGGAUGAAUACAGAGAGCAUGCCAAGGCUCACGAUACUCUCGGAGAGAGCUCGUGGAAUGGCGGAAGCAGUUGAAACCCAUUUCCCAACAGCUUUCCAUGGGUUUUGCCUGCGUUAUGUGAGUGAGAAUUUCCGGGAUACAUUCAAGAACACAAAGUUGGUCAAUAUCUUUUGGAAUGCCGUGUAUGCACUCACGGCCGCUGAAUUCGAGUCCAAGAUCUCGGAGAUGGUGGAUAUCUCGCAAGACGUGCUACAAUGGUUUGAGCACUUCCCUCCCGAGCUCUGGGCAGUGGCGUAUUUUCAAGGGGUUCGGUAUGGGCAUUUCGCCUUAGGCAUCACCGAGAUAUUGUACAACUGGGCACUCGAAUGCCACGAACUCCCAGUCAUACAGAUGAUGGAUCACAUCCAGGAUCAAAUCUCAUCGUGGUUCAACAACCGUCGCCAUAUGAGCAUGAGAUGGAGCUCGAUACUUGUACCGUCGGCUGAGAGACGGAUCGUGGAAGCAAUCUCGGAUGCCCGUUGCUACCAAGUGCUAAGAGCAAAUGAGGUUGAGUUCGAGAUCGUGUCCACAGAACGAACAAAUAUCGUGGACAUAAGAACACGGGUUUGUUCCUGCCGCAGAUGGCAGCUCUAUGGACUGCCGUGCGCUCAUGCGGCCGCGGCUCUAAUCUCGUGCGGGCAGACGGUAGAGUUAUUCGCAGAGCCUUGCUUCACAGUGGCGAGUUAUCAGCAGACGUACUCGCAGAUGAUAGGUCGGAUUCCGGAGAAGAGGACGUGGGAAGGAGGAGCCGAGGGAGGGAGAGGAUCGAAGUUUGAGGUACUGAUACGGCCUCCGAAAACGAGGAGGCCGCCGGGUCGGCCGAAGAAGAAAGUUGUGAGAGUAGAGAACCUUAAACGGCCGAAGAGGAUUGUUCAAUGUGGAAGAUGCCAUUUGCUCGGACAUUCCCAGAAGAAAUGCACUUUGCCCAUUUGAGGAUACCCUCACCCUCUCCUCCUCCUCCAUUCUCUCUCUCUCUCUUUUUUUUGUGUAACUUGUAAUCGCUGCUUUUAGAGAAUUGGUCACUGUGAAAAAUGGUAAAAAGGUGAUGUUUUUAACCAAAGGGUUAAGGGUUCGAGUUAUAUAUUGUGACUUUUGGAUGGA